CAGUAAACUGUGAGAGGUUUCCAGCGAUUCGUCAGGUGAAACUCUUGGUCGUCGUUAAAUUUCGUUUCCCUAGUGCCCCCGUCAUCGAACAUUUUCGGCCUAUGCAUCACGACAUACACAAAAGCAAACAAUUACAUUCUCUGAGGUUAAUACUUCGGAGCUGAUUCGCCGAAUGCAUCGGUCAGCUGUCAAACUGUCAACGAUAGGAAGCCGUGUAUGUCGCUCAACUCCUCUCCCAACAUCUCUACCGUGGUAGUGGAAAAGCGACGACGCGGGACCAAUGGAUAUCAGUCGGCUAGAAGCCGCGGAGAACGUCUGGUCUGCGGAGACUUGAUCGAUUCGAGAAAUAGUGCAACGUCUCGUGCGGACUAUCAUUAUCGUCACGGAGUCACUGAUUCUUGUCGCGCGGUGUUCUAGCAGACGGUUUGCGGAUUUCGUUUCGCGGCCGAUAGAAUAAUCGCGAGUCGACGGAGCCGUUCGUAAACGAAAAUAGAAAUAUCAUAGCAGGAACACGUGACAGCGAAUGUGACAGGCUGCGAACGGACGGGUCGUUUCCACGAUUGGCCAGAUCUCGCGGCGACGCGAAUAAUCUUGAGCGAGAACGGAGUGACACGGAAAUCUAUUGGCAAUUUCACCGGAAAACACGCAGUGAAGUUGCCUCGGUGGGUGCCAUUGACCGCCAUAUUCAGGAGAUUCGUUCGGGAGACACAGUUUCGAAAAAACACUCGGAAGGUGGUAAGUCCGUGCAGUGACAGGGAGCAUUGGUAGGUUAGGGGUCGGUUGUUAAACGCGACACGCGUGCUAAUCGGUGGUUAGGACACAACGGAAGCCCCGCAUCGCCGAGAUGGAGUUCAAGUUCAACGUAAAUAAACUCUUGCCCAGAAAGAUCAACAAGGUCACGCACACUCUCAUCCCAGAAGACUUCAAAGGUGACCGUCGAGAAUUAAACGAAUGCCAGAGACAACUGAGCAGGGUCUUGGACGACAUGGGCGAGGCCUCGGCCAGAGCCCAGGGUCUGAACAAGCCAAUAACCAGCGCCCUAAAACUUCGGGACACCGACCAUAUAGUUUAUCUGCUAGUCGAUAAUGAAGCAAACACUGGACUGGGCAGCGUGGUCGGCCUGCUAAAGACCGGAUCGAAGAAUCUCUUCAUGUUCGACGAAACCGGAGUUCAUUAUCAGCUGAAGCCUAGAUGCAUUUUGGACUUUUACGUCCACGAAACCCGGCAACGCAUGGGCCUCGGGAACAUCCUGUAUCAGUAUAUGCUAUCUGAAGAGAAUAUUAGGCCGGUGAAACUGGCGAUCGAUAGACCCUCCGAGAAGUUCUUAGCCUUUCUGGACAAACACUAUGGCCUCUCGAAAAUAAUACCGCAGAAUAACAAGUUCGUCGUCUUCCAAGGGUUUUUCGAUGACGAGCGCCAGGAUGUCAGAUCAAACAGAUACAGCCUUCCUGCUAAUAUUGACAUCGCUGGGCAGAGUAACAUUCACAACAAUGUUGGCAAAAAUAAUUCUGGCAUGAAAGAAAUUCAUUAUCCAUCUGUUACACGUAAUUCGUUCGGCAGAUAUGCUGCUGCCAGACCACCUUGUUCCAUGGCAAAUAUAAUUCAUAACACAACGGUGCUUGGUCCAUCCGCAGAACGUACUGGUUACUUUUUCAGUGAAAAACCGAGAACGCCUGCCGUCAUACAAUCGAAACCGGAAAGACCACGUUCUUUGAGUCUUUACUCUGAAGAAGAACAGAAGCAGCGUACAAGCGAAUUAUCCACGGUUCCGACACCUGCUUUACCUGAUCACCAACCCACUCCCCUAGCUACCAUUUUACGAGAAACAGAGAAAACCGAAAAGAAUGUGAAGCCAUCUCCUUCCUGUAGUCAAGAAGUAGUAGCUGGUAGCAACCAACACUCUCGUUUGGACCUCAAAUUUUACCAUUCACCCCUGUGGUAAAGCAGUUGAAGAAGUGAGGAAUUGACAUUUCUUUAAAUAGAACUAUUUCAUAUUUAUUAACAAUCUUAGAGGAAUUGUAAUGGAAAAUUGUAUUGCUCGUGUAUGUGACGAAGUAUAAAAAAAGAAACUAUAACUUCCACGGUAGAACAACUGUGGGAAGAUAGUUAAUAAUGACUAUAUGAAGUGGUAGUAUUUAUUACAAUAGAAUGUGUUCUCUUUUCAAGAAAAAGAAAUGCAUAUAUUUAUUAACAAAAAUAGUAUUCUCGUAUUUUUUAUUCGAAACGAGUUGCGUACAAAGGUGAAACACAAAAACUUUUUUUAAUUUUUUGAUAAGACUAUAAGUUUUAAUAUCUUCUCUCUUUAUAAUGUUGUUUUAAAUUUGUAUGAAAUAAUCUAAUUAUAUGUGUUUCGAAUGUAACCGUUCUCAGUACAAAUACCUAAAAAUAAUGAAUUUCCAUUAUUUGAUAUGAUUGUGACAUUCAAAUUGUUUGGUGAAUAUUCACAAAAGAACGAACUCAAAUGUAGUAGAUAAGAGUCGGGGUAGAAUUCAUGUGUAAACUGGCUUGUAAUUUUAUAUACACAUACUUAGUCAAAGGUGUAGUGCCAGCUAUUUCUCUAGUAAUGAAGAAGGAAAAUAUUAUUUUGCUAAGGUUUACAAUGAAAUUUGUGUACCAAGGUAGAAAGUAAAUAAUUUAUACAACUCAAACAAUUUUGUUACAUCCCUGUAAGAUAAUAUUAUCCUUAUUCAUCAAACAUGAAACUUGGACUCACUAUAUUUUAUCGGUGGUGUAAAUCAAGUUUUGAUAGAUGUUUUCAUGUGCAAUAAAAUGAUUUCCGAAUU